AAUGAAAUACAGAAUCCACCCCAUCCUCACAGCAAUAAUCGCCCCCUUAUCACACCGAGGGGGUGAGUGUGUGUAUGUAUGUGUGUGUGUGUGUGUGUGCGCUCAACGGUGCAACAGUUACGCACGACGCGGGGAGAAACUGGUUCAGUGUGUCUGUCGGUCGGGGGUGACAAAGAGUGCGCGCGGCGGGUGGAGGAGGCAAGAUCCCCCGCAAAAUGGACCCGUCUGCGGGUCGGGAGAGCAGCUGGUGGCGAGCGAGAGAGAGAAGAGAAAAGAGACGAGCGAGGAGCAAGCAGCGAGCGCGCAGGCAGGGCGAGCUCUCGCGGGGCGCACCAACCAAGCGCGCGGCCAUGUUUUUCGGUCACCAUGAAUGAAGGAGGGCGGCCGAGCGAUUGUGCGUCGGCCAGCGUUUGACAGGACGGACCCUUUGCGACAAUAGCGCCAGGCCGACUUGGCAUGCGUCCGCCGUUCCUGGCUCCAGCAGCACCGUAGGCCUCCUCUCGGACGUGUGAGCCGGCUCCGAUCAUGCUGUUCUACCGGCCCACUCCGGGGCCGCCGGGUUCGCCCCCUACGGCCGAGCCACCCUCCCCAGAGCCAACUGAUACACAAUCAGUCGGCUCUAAUUCGUUAUCGCGGGGACUGGGCCCCCAGCAGAAUAGGACUUGGGCCCUCAAAUCCAUGGCCACGGGCAUUUCAGUUCUUGGACUGGCUUACUGUCUUGUUCAGGCGUUGCAGGUAGCCGGCGUGCAGUACCUGGCCACCCUGACUAGCGUGUCCCUGCUGGCCUUCCUGCUGAUGUACCUUAUGUGGUGUGCGUCAAGCAGACGACGCCACCAAAUGCAUAAUAGUGGUGUGGAAAGCGGCAUUGAUUGCGAGUACCAAACGUCGUUGGCGGCGGUAGGACGCGGCGGCGGUGUAGUGGCGCCACGCGGCGUCGCUCACCACUUAUCCAUGCCAAGCUGCUCAUCCUCCGUGGACCUACACGACGCCGAGCUGCUGAGGUCGCUGGCUGCUGCCGGCGUCUACGUCGGACCUGCCGAGUACAAACCGCCCCGCGCAAUCACGCCACCCCCUAGCUACGAGGAGGCUGUCAGAGGCAUGCCGCCCCCGGCGCCGCCCGCUCCUCCCGGCCUGCAUCAGCACCUCCACGGCCAGCAGCCGCAGCACGAGCCGCCCCUGCCUGAGUAAAAUAAGAACGUCAAACACCAACGAAAAAGCUUCAUUCUGUUCCUUUUUGGGGAGCACUAUGUGGUUUUAUUUUCUGCGCAAGCCGUUUUGUUCUGACGAGUUUUCUUCUCAGUGCAGAAUUGACUGUGUUAGCGUACAGAUUCUAAAGAGCGAUUUCUAUUGAUUGAUUGAUUGAUUGAUUAUAUAUUGAAAUCGAGUCGAAACCCCACUUAUAUUAGUUAUUGUGACAUUCACACAAGCAGUCAGCUUUAACAAGGACAAUUUUAUCCGCGCACCGUGUCAAAUAGUGAAUACACUUAAAAUACACAUCCUCCCAUUGUCAA